CCAUACCGUUUCUCCUCUAGAAAACCUAACCAAGAACUUUACCAUCGUCACUGCCGCCGCCAACCAUUUUUGUGCCCUGGAGAGUUUUCUCUAUUCAUUAUCAGAGGUAUUCGAAGGACUGGAACGGACUGAAACGAGACCAACCCUAGUCGUCUAUAACUUGGGCGGGAUGACCAACGAACAGCUGGCUCAACUACAGUACCUCAAAGACAACCAAUAUAUUGAUGAGUACAAGGAUUUCGAUUACGAUCAAUACCCAGCCUUUUGGGACAUCAACGUUGCCCGUGGAGAGUACGGUUGGAAGGCUGGGAUCAUCAAGGAAGUUGCAGACAAGUACCGGGGAUUGUUACUCUGGUUAGACUCGGGAAAUAUGCUCGCCCUGGAUUUAUCACUUUAUGAACAAAAAAACGAUAAAAUACAUACAACCAUAAUAUAUACAUCUAUACAUAUACACAUUUACAAUGUCUGCUCAUAAGAAUACUCCUUCCUCCUCCGAUCCAAAAUUCAAAUCACUUACAAUCCAUAUUGCCACGGAUCAUGUUGGCCCCCAUGGCAUGCCUCUUGUCUAUGGCUCUACACCAGACAAGGUUGGAGUUAUCAAGGGCACAGUCAAGUUCGCAACCAACUAUGAUUGUCGUGGUCGUGAUAUUGUCAUCAUGUACGAAGCAAAAGCAGAGGCCCAAUGGACAGCAUUAGAAAACAAAAAAGUUGUUAACCAUCAUACGGAAGAGAUUCUAGGUCACCAAAUCUGGCAUUUCCCACUUGAGCAUACCAAGCCUGGAGGAUUUACAGUAAUUGCUGGUGAUUAUGAAAAAGAGUUUGAAGUCCCUCUGAUCCACCCUUUGGCCCUGACCAGACCAUCAGCCCCAUUACUGCCUGGUUCUGUCAAGGCACCAUUCGGCUCUACCGCAACACAUAUAGCACCUGUUCCUCAAUCCCCAGCUCUGUUGCUACCAUCCAGCAGUUAUAGUCCUAAUGCAAAGAUAAAAUACACCAUCCGUGCCAUCCUUCACAGACCAUUCCCCUGUAUCAGUGACAUUGAAGCCUCGCAGGAAGUUUGGGUAUUACAAUCCUGCUUAGCCCCUGCUUCACCACCAUCUCCGCCAAAAUCCCCCUUGCAUUCCCCUGCAUCACCUCGUUCGCCACACUAUCCUAACAAGGAGGAAAGAAACAAUGGGAUUGAGAAGGCUACUGAUCAACCAUCACCAUCACCCGAUCUCCAGACACAAUCAUCGAAACAAUCAUCCCCAGCCUCAUCUGUCCUGACAUCCCCAUUCAAUUCUCUGACCGUGCCUACGAAGGCUAUCAAAUCGGCCCUCAAUAUGCUCCCGACUAUUGAUCUCUCGCGUCCAAAACAACUGCUGAGCUUCUCGAUCCCCCCAUUGUCGCCCAAACCUAACCCGCCACCUUCUCCUCCCGAAACGGACAGAGAAAAGGCCUCGACCGAAGGCUCGAAUGGUGAUGCAAAGGCUAGUAGUUUGGUUGCAUCUCCGACUGCAGAGGUGUCACGACCCCAAAACUCUGUACUACCAUUGUCCCCUAGCACAUCUGUUUCGUCGUCAUCAUCACGAUAUGACGAACCCGAGUCUGAGGAUUCGAUGUCGGAUGAUGAGAAUUCGGCCAACUAUACAGGAGUGUGGGAGCCCUUUGGGAUGGCUUACUCUUGCUCGAUCCCUUCAGAAACAGUGCAUCUUGGACAGACCGUUCCUCUGACGAUCCGGUUCAAGCCAAAUAGGCGUAAUCAUCGAAGGAGACAUGAUGGGAAGUCUAACAAGUUUGGAUCUGGAUCGACAGCGGAUCAGGAGAGCAGUGGCAAUGGUUCGGCUCUACCAUCGAAUGAUUCGACGUUCCCCCAAGGACCGCGGUUUGUGGUUAAGAAGGGGAUUGUGAGGGUGGUUGAGCACACGUUACUUCGGGAGGUCACGGUGUUGCCGACGACACCCAAGCUGAAGAAGUUGUCAUCGCCAAAGUCCACGAGCUCAUUAAGGUCUCCUAGGAUGAGUCAAGAGUCCGUUGGCACGAAAAAGCAGCGACAUCAACAGCAGCAGCAGGAGCAACCAGGACAGCUACAUAAUCAACAAGAUGGACAAUCCGUUACUUAUGAGCAACCGACGACAACGACAACGGCUGAGGAUGGAGGGGCCAAUAAAUUGCGGACGAAAGCGGGGUUGAAUAAGAAGUCGAGUCUACCACAGAUGUAUCAGGAGAAGACGUAUAAUGGAAGCCAUUCUCAUCUGUAUGAUCUCUUACAGGAUGAGGCCCGUCAACCUCAUCAACAACACUCCAGGUAUCUUUCAAGCAAGGAGUUGACGACGCAACACCAACAGGAACAACAACAACAACAACAGCAGCAGCAGUCUCGGCAGAAUGAAUCUCUGGAAACUAGACGCAACUUUUUUUUCAAGCCAAAGCGACAUAGCGUAGACUUUACUCUUCAACAAAAGUAUGAGCGCUCUUCUCGGGAAGGACAAAACAAUAACAAUAGUAUCAACGUUAGCAAAAAUCAUUCGGGUUCGAAUUCGAAUGCUCGGAUUAUCAAUAGCAUUGAGGCAAAGUUUAAGACGGAUGUAGUGACACUUUAUUUGACUAUGCACCUGCAGAAGCGAGAGAAACAAUACCAGCGCAGUCUUUACAGAGCAACAGUAAAGGAUGAAGGCAAAGGAAAGCAUGCAGAGGGAUUGUCUGAAGAAGAAGAUAAUGAAGAUGAAGAUGAAGAUGAGGAUGAAGAUGAAGAUGAAAAUGUUCGAGAGCGUCGACAUCAGGAACGUUGUUCAGAUCUGGAGAGAGGAAUAUGGCAGACAACGGUUCCCGAUACGACUUCCGGGUCCUGCUGAACUAGCGACGUUUACGGAGACGAAGCAUAUUGCCAAAAGACAUAAGCUCCAAUUGAUUCUUCUGUGUGGACUGGUUCAACAGGAUGGAGAGGUAGCCGUUCCGGCGAACAUCACUCCACCUGGAGUGAACAAAGAGUUUAGACUUGAGAUGGAUCUUCAUGUCACUGGACCUCGUGCACCUUUGUAAAAAGCAAACCUUGACUGGUUGCACACCACACACAAUAUAUAUUUAUACAUUUACAUAUAAUAUAUA